AUGGUGACCUCCAGCAGUAGCGAUUAUUCUUCCAGCUCUUCUGAAGAGGAUUCCAAACAUUUCGCGGUCAAAGCUCGAGCCAAGACGAAUCAUGCUGAAGGAAUGAAGCAUAAUGCACCUGACCGGAGGGUCACUUAUGAUGAGCUCAUGAAGAGAAAAGAUGAGGAUGACGAGUUGGAUGAUCGUCGACGGGGAAGAUCUCGGAUCCAGUAUCGGAUAUCAGCAGCUGAUGAGAGGCUUCAAUCCCGUGCUGAGGGUGUAGCUUCAGACUCGUAUGCUUCAGAGGACGAAAACGUGUGGGUGCCACUGAAGCGUGAAAUCAAUCCAGACCGGCGUACUGGAGAAAUUGAGAAGCUGGUUCAAGCCGACCUUGAGGCUGAGCGCGAAGAUGAAGAUUACUGGGACGACUAUGAACUUGACAUUCAUCCAGACUUCGUCAACAACCCUGACAGUGAUUCUGAUGAAGAACUCGAAGAGAAUUCAGCGAAAGACGACGAUGAUGAGUCUGAUAAUUCUGAAAAAUCUGAUGACUCCGACGAGUCUGAUUGA